AUGGCCAAAGCCUAUGAUAGAGUCUCACGGAGCUUCACAUGUAUCAUGCUGAGAAGAAUGGAAUUCUGUGAAAGAAUCAUUGACAUGAUUUGGAGAACCAUGUCUAAUAAUUGGCAUUCUGUCAUGGUUAAUGGCACCAGAUGGGGCUUCUUUCAAUCUACUAGAGGUCUAAAGCAAGGAGAUCCCCUGGCUCCUUCUCUAUUCAUUAUUGGAGCUGAACUGCUUUAUGAAGAAAGUUCAGGCCACAAAAUUAACAAGGAUAAGAGUCACUUCAUGACUUCAUCUGGUGCCUUUCAGUCUGCUAUUAGAAGGAUUAAAGCAGAAACUGGUUUCUCUGGGAGGGAAUAUCCACUAACCUACCUGGGAUGCCCUUUGUAUAUUGGUAGAAAGAGGAUCAUUCACUACAAUAAUCUCACAACUAAGAUAGUUGGUAGAAUCAAAGGCUGGCAUGGCAAAAUGUUAUCCUAUGGUGGUAGGGCUACUUUGAUAAAACAUAUGUUGCAAUCAAUUCUAAUCCACCUCUUGUCUGUAGUGUCUCCUCCAAAAACUGUUAUGAAGCAUAUUGAGAAAUUGGCAGCAAACUUCUUGUGGGGUCUGGAAAAAGACAAAUUGAAAUAUCACUGGGCUUCUUGGAAAAAGCUUGCCUACCCAGAAUGA